AUGUUCGCUGCAUCCCUCUUUGUGCUCGCCCUAGCGGGCUCGACCCUUGCCGCGCCCGCCGCAACGCCCGCUCAAGGGUUCGCGCCACCAUCAGCGUGCAAAUCCAUCGGCAAGGCGGUGCUCGGCUACGACCCUACGGACAUCCCCAUUUACUCUGGUGCCGCACCCAAACGCUUCCUUGGAGAGUACGGCAACAUCGACGGAAGCGGCGCUAAGCUUUUACAGCCCGGCAACACGGUGCCUCAAGAAUUCGAAGUGUAUAGUUGCAAGGACACUCCAUCGCCAAGCUCUGGCAAGGGAGCCAUCUCUGCUCAAGAUGGCUUCAUCGUGUCCUCCACGACGCCGGGCAAUUGUCUCACUGCUUCGGACGAGAAGAAAUUCGGCGCGCACUUCGUUUCCAAACCCUGCGACUUUACUUCCGGCUACAUUGCCAACUCGCAGCACUUUCAAUUCCUUGCGGAUACCUUCUUCAGCUACAAGCUCGUCGACUUCUUGGGCGACACCAAAGACCCCACACAGAACGCCACCAAGUCAUUCUCCACUGGUCAAGCUGGAUAUCACUACAGGAUCGACACGGAUGACACGCCUUACGGCAGCGAGACUGUUGCGCUCGACUAUCAACCUGGCUCCUACAUCUCAACCGCCGACACCAUCGUUGCAAGCUUCAAUUACAAGGCACCUGCAGCUACGUUCCCCGAAUGCCGCCUGCGCAAGAAUGGCGCUCUUACGUGAGUCCUUUGGCCCUCUGACACCUUCGUCCAUGACCCGGCUGAGACGAUACCAUCCGCCCACAGCCUCGACGGCAAGCCUCUAACAGUGAAUCCUACACCGGUGCAGAACGGAACGCAGUCGUACACCGCGUUCCAGUUCUACGAGUGCGACUCCGACUACAUGGGAUACGUCUCCAACCCCAACACUGGUGUAUUUUACGGUCACUUCAAGAUUGCCUCUCACGACUACUGCUACGUUCAGCAGAACGGCCAGAGCGGUCCUGGAAACGGCUUGAUGUUCGACAUGUACGGCGGAUGCACGAACGCCGACUCAGGAGUCCAGACGACGAGUUUCUUCAAAUACGACUCCAAGUCUGGCAAGGUCAACUUCUUGGGCAAAGCGAAGAAGGACAACCCUAAUGAGAAUGUUGUGGGCUGGAAGCUGGACGCCAAUCAGAACCUCAAUCUAGACUUUGCCUCCCAGAACGGUAACCUUGUCUUUGUCUGA